UUGUUUGUUCCCGGAAGUAAACCAAAACACAACACCUGGGAAGCCACUUCUCCUCCAUGCGGGAGCACCGGCUGUCUGAUCAAGGUGGAAUAUUGCCUUUUAGUUUUAUUUUAGUUAAUUUCCCUCGGAAGGAUGUCUUUCCCUUCCUCUUUUGGGACGCAGGUCGCGGCCAUCUUGGACGUGUUAGCGAAAGCUGCCGUGGCAGAAAUUACGAAGCUGGUGGAGGAUGGAAGUGUUGUUCUGCGCCUGGAGAUGUGUCGGAAGCAGAGUGAGAUUCAGGAGCUCAGGAGGGGCUUACAGCUGAUGGAGGCUGAACUGUGCAGAGCUCGGGAAGCUGCAACCACCCGAAGCACCGAGGAGCAAACAACUGCGGACAAAAGCGACGACCAGAAAACGAGCGUGGCGCAUUUUCGACCAAAAACUGCUGAUUCACCGCGGGAGCCUCAAACCGGAACGGACGAGAGCCUCAACGUCGUGCUGAGGGUGAAACAAGAGCCGUUGUACGAACUCGCCACGGGAGAAACGACGUACGACGCAGAAAUGACUGGAAAUGACUCCAUCUGGCCUCCUCCCGCCUGUAGCACGUUGGAGAAAAGCUCUGUCGCACUGCAGCAGCAUGCACAGAUUUUAACCUCUCAAUCCGAGCAGUACUCUUCUCACGGUAACUCGGACGAGUCUUACAAGUCAGUACCGAGAGCAGCAAGAGAAGCUGCAACCGACUGCUUAAGUGUGCCUAUAAAAGUAGAGGUAGAGGUUCCUCCCGUGUGCAUGGGAGAUACAACUACAGACUCCAUUGUUCAUAAUGAGCAGUUUAGACGUGUUUUAUGUCCUGUGGUUAAACAGGAUGAGUGUCUGCAGUCUGCUUCACAACAAGCUGGGCCAUCACUGGUUAUUUCUAAUGUGCAGGGAUCCCCAGCAGGCCUGUUUGCAUCCAACGCUCAAGAUCACACCCACCCCAGACACGGCGUAAGAGCGAAAAGGCCGACUAUCGUGAGGAGAACAAAUCAGAAAGUCUUCACGUGCUAUGUGUGCAACAAAGGUUUCCCCCGCGCAUCUCAACUGGAGGAGCACAGGGCCACGCACCAAGCCUCCAAACCCUUCCGCUGCCUCGAAUGCGGGAAAUCUUUCACCCAGAAGACCCGGCUGAAGACGCAUCAGAGCGUGCACACGGGAGAGCGGCCGUUCGGUUGCACGAUCUGCGGCAAGACGUUUUCGAGGCAUGACAACUGCCUGAGGCACGAGCGGUUCCACUCUGGGCAGAAGCCGUACAGCUGCAGGCAGUGUGGGAAAAACUUCGCCGCGCUGGGUAACCUCAGAAUGCACCAAGGGAUUCACCUGCAUGGGAAGUAGGUCUCAGGUAUAGAAGCUCAGUGAUCAGCGUUCAACAUUUGCACAACCCUGUACAGUUUUAUUAUUUGUUGAAUGCACCCAGAAAAUGCAUUGAAUUUUAUGAAGUGUAGAUAUUUUGAAAAAAAAAAAUCUAUCUAUUCUUCUCAUGUCUCAAUGAAAUCAUAAUUUUUAUUAUGUAUUAUUAUUAGUAUUGUUAUUGUUAAUAUUCAGUGUUUUUCUAGCUUUUUCUGAAAUAUUGCAAAAUAAACUAACUGUGACAA